UCCCCCGAUCACAUCAUAUGACUCCACACAGGAAGAGGAAACAAACUUCCCGUCCGGGACAGGACUCAAACGAAGCGGUCGCCCAGGAUUGUCUCUUAUCUCCGAUCACUUGCCCGUCAUUUAAACUUGGCAGGAUGAUGAGUACAGCUUGACGGGCUUCAGCAGUAGCAGAAUCGUCAACAUGGGCAUCAAGAAUGACACUGCAGUAGAGGACGAUGGUGAGCGGCGUCUCAUCAACUCUCCAUCAUCGGACACCCUGUCCCGGAACCCCCCCACGCAGCCCUUUGUCUACGUGCUGGCCUUCUUCUCAGCCCUGGGUGGCUUCCUCUUCGGCUAUGACACCGGUGUGGUGUCGGGAGCCAUGCUACUCCUCAAGCGGGAGAUGAACCUCAACACUAUGUGGCAGGAGCUGGUGGUCUCCAGUACGGUGGGGGCAGCGGCCAUCUCCAGCCUGAGCGGUGGCUUCCUCAACGGGCUACUGGGGCGCAAGAAGUGCACGCUGCUGGCCAGCUUCAUCUUCACCUUCGGCGGGUUCUUCAUGACGUUCGCGCCCAACAAGGAGGUACUGCUGGUGGGCAGGAUCAUUGUUGGCCUGGGGAUUGGCGUGGCCUCCAUGACUCUCCCCGUGUACAUCGCCGAGGUGUCGCCCCCUCACAUGAGAGGCCAGCUGGUCACCGUCAUCACUGUCCUUAUUACCGCCGGACAGUUCAUUGCCUGCGUGGUGGACGGCGCCUUCAGUUACAUGAAACGCGAUGGCUGGAGGUACAUGUUGGGUCUGUCGGUGCUGCCCUCCAUCUUGCAAUUCGUGGGCUUCCUCUUCCUGCCCGAGAGCCCCCGUUGGCUUCUGCAGAAGGGCCGGCAGGAGGAGGCCCGCCAGGUCCUGAGUCGCAUCCGAGGCUGCCAGGAUGUGGAUGAGGAGUUCGACUACAUCAGGACCAGCAUUGAAGAGGAGGAAAAGGAGCUGAGGGGAGGCGGGAUCAUUUUUCUGCGCAUCCUCGGCCAUGGGCCCACCCGCAGGGCUCUGAUCGUUGGCUGCGGCCUUCAGAUGUUCCAGCAGCUGACGGGCAUCAACACCGUCAUGUACUACAGUGCCACCAUUCUGCAGAUGUCAGGUGUGCGCGAUGAGAGGCGGGCCAUCUGGCUGUCCGCCGUCACCUCCGGGACCAACUUUGUGUGCACAUCCCUCAGCAUCUGGCUUGUGGACAGAGUUGGGCGCAGAAAGCUAACGCUGGCCAGCCUCACCGGUACCGCUCUGAGUCUCAGCGUUUUGUCAGUGGGCUUCUUGCUGGCAGCUCGGUACUCUCCCCCUGUUACACUGCAUCCGCUCGACUCCCACAACUCCUCCUGCACAAAAUACGGUUACUGUGGAGACUGCAUGUUGAAUCCCGCUUGUGGCUUUUGCUACCACGAGAACAGCAGCGGUGUUUUUGACUCCACCUGCCUGCCCGUCAAUCCAAAGACCACCGAGCACUCGGCGUGGGGCGGGUGUGCCAACCAAACGGAGACGCUAGAAGGUCCAUUCUGGGCCUACAACUUCUGCCCUACGACUUACUCUUGGAUUGUACUGACGGGCCUCCUCCUCUACCUGACUUCUUUUGCUCCAGGAAUGGGUCCCAUGCCGUGGACUAUCAACUCUGAGAUCUACCCACUGUGGGCCCGCAGCACUGGAAAUGCUUGCUCAGCCGGAGUCAACUGGAUCUUCAACGUCGUCCUCUCACUCACCUUUCUUCAUAUCGCAGAGCUCAUCACCUAUCAAGGCAUCUUCUUCGUAUACAUGGGUUUCACCGUGCUGGGCCUGCUAUUCGCAUUCGGGUGCCUGCCCGAGACGCAGGGCCUGCAGCUGGAGGACAUUGAGAACCUGUUCACGGGACCUUUCUGCUCCUGUGGCACCUCCUCACACCUCACCAAUCAGAACAUCCAGUACAUCCGGGUAAAGGGAAACAAUUACCUCCCAUCCGACAACGACACCUCCGACAUAGACUAGAGUGUGGCGUUGGGAUUCUGGCUUUUCCUGUCUGGCUUUUUUUUUUUUUUUUUGUAAAGACUGUUGCAGCUCAGAGGAAAAUCACAUACUGCCCUCUAGUGGUGAAGAGCAUAAAUUGAGCAAAAUUUGCACCUAUUGAUUUGUUUUUCUUUCUUUCUUUUUUGUGCUACCCUCCUACUCAGGCAACUCUGAUCAGUCUGUGGCUUCAUUUCACCCGGGUACGACUUUCCUCUUACAUUCUGUUUAGUUACUGUGGAUGGAUGGACGGACGGAUGGCUAGAUAGAUAACUGUACGUACAUACACAAACACAUAAGUGGUAGUGGUAGCGCCAUCUGAAGGUACAAAAUUAAGGUGCAUAGUGUUAACAGUACAGACUUGAGGGAAUGGAGGAGGAAUCAUUUUCUCAUUCUGGAUCGUACAUGAUCCAUGGAUUGUACAUGCUUGUUCAUCAUCUUCCUUUCGGCCACAGGUGUCAGGUGCCCCUUCUCGCGCCCGGCGCAAAGCAAAAGAUGCAGGGUCUCUUUGUGGACUCGCUGCUUGAUCCUCUGACCCUCAUUGACAGUUUUGAUUUGAAGUAUAUAUUUGCCACACCAGUUUAGUCCGUCGGCCAGUUUCUGCCGAUUUUAUAGUCUACGCCCUGGUGAAAUGCUGUCUUUUCCAGAGUGGUGUGAUUCAAGUCGCCGCCUUAAAGUGUUAUGCUUGAAGUUUCAAGAAAACAAGCGUUUGACAAACACCACAGGAUUAUGGCUGUUUUUCAUGUGACGGUAAUUCAUGGUUCUCAGCCUUCAGAUAACAAAGCACGACAGUUGGGGUGUGAAAAGCCACAGAAAGAUUACUUUAUUACUUUGACAUUAUUCCUGGCACACUCCACCAACACAAGAGUACUCUCUGUUUUGGACCAAUGCCUUAUUAUUUUAGCCACAUUUCUAAAAUAUGGUUCAAGCCAGGGUUAUGGUUUCAAAUUAGUGUUUCGGUUUUAGAUAACCAAACAUGACAGUUUUGCUGUUAAGCCACAGAAACACUAUUCCUGAUACUAUUACUUUAUUACCGAACACUCCAUCAACAUGAUAAGAGUACUGUAUGUUUUUGGACCCGUGCCUUAUUAUUUUAGCCGCAUCUCCACGAGCAGUUCUGAUCAGUAUUGUACGGCUGGACCUAGCAGUAUGUCGCAUUUGAGGGAACUGAUUGGCAGGCAGACAAAACGAAAAAAAAAGACAACAAAAAAAAGCUUGUCAUCUUGCAAUUUAUGCGGCGCCCCAACAAAAAAGUGCCGUACCAAACUGAAGCGUAUUCCUCGGUGGAGAUAAGUUUUUUUGUUGUUUUGUUUUUUAAAAUGCAUUCCUGGGUUAUACUCAUGUUUUGGUGCUUGGUGGUGCACUUUACAAAGCCAUUCUAUUUUAUUUUACUGCUUUAAUUGUCUGACUAAAAGUGGCCAAAAUGUUUUUAGAAAAGUCCGGAAUUCAGCCCAGUGGACAACGGGAAGGUGGGCUUGGAAAAUGGCAUAGCCUAUAUCACUGUAAGUAAAAAUGAAUUCC